GUGCAGCUUUACUCGGCCGUCGUCGCGCUCUGGCCGAGGGGCGCGGCGUCCGAGGCCUGCAGCGGCAUGGCGCUCGGCGCCAUCAUCGGCGGCUGCCUGUCUUCCGUCGCGUUCCUGCCGCUGAUCGGCCUCCCGCGCCUCAGCGCCCUCGCCGGUAGCCUGCGCCUCGCGUGCCGCGCGGGCGCGCAGCUGGCCGCGGGCCUGGCGUGCCGGCCCUGCGCGCACCGGCGGCUGGUUGGCGCGCUCUCACGGCUCGGUCGGCCGGUCGGCUGGGUGGUCGGGCGGCUGGGCGCGCCGCUGCAGCGGGGGCGGCGGCAGGGGCGGCAGCAGGGACAGGAGCAGCAGGGGCGGCGGCGAGGGCAGCGGGCGGCGGGCGGCGGGGCGGUUCCUCAUUGA